AUGAAAUGGUCAUUGUUCGUAGAUAUUAAUAUCAAGAAUAAUAUUAUACAAUAUAGCAUGGAGCUUUCCCGAUUCUAUUUGGUAUUUAUUCUAUUUUUAUUAUUAUCUACAGUUGAUCUUACUGAAUUUAAUUUUCAAUGUCCAAUUUCUCGUCGUUUAUUGUCGGUUAGUUCAUUAAAAUCAUCAUUAAUAGAAAAGAAAUCUCAUGAUAGUUCAACAUCUUCAAAAUCAUCAUCGUUACCAUCGUCACCACCAAAAUAUGCUCGUUCAAGUGAUUCUCAUGGUCUUACAGUUUAUAUUCGACCAUUAUCACCAAAAUCACUUGGUCCUAAAACUCAUUCAUAUAGUCAUUUACUUAAAUCAAAAUUGCAUACAAAUAAAGGAAAACGAAAAUCGCAUACAAACAAAGAAAAAACAAAAUUAAAACGAUCAAAUAAACAAAAGAAAAAAGAAUUGAAAAAGAAAAAUUCUACAAAACAUAAAUCAUCAAUCAAUACUAAAAUUCAAGAAUUAGUAGGUAGUAAUCAUGAUGAACUUCAUCAACAUCAAACAUUAUUUCAUACUGAUUCAACACCAAAAAUUGAUAAAAAAAUUAAAAAAUCAAAAAAAUCAAAAUCAAAUAAGCAAGUAAAAGUAUCUGAAAUUAAAAAUGUUACUCGUAAUAUUCCAAUUGCAAAAGAUAUUACAAAAAAAUUACCUACUACAACAACAACAACAGCUUUACCAAUAAAUAAUAAAAAGGUAAAAAAUACAAAAAGAGUUAAUGAAGCUAAUAUUGAUGAAAAGAAAAAACCCAAGGAAAUAUUAGUCAAUAAAAUAAGUGAAAAUAUACCUCUCACUUCAUCUAUGAAUGAUAAACCGUCUACAACUUCUUCACCUUCUCCUUUAUCAUCAUCAAAAAUAGAUAGAAAACCUCAAAAAGAUAAAUCAGAAACAAUCAAUACAAUAGACGAAACAUUAGAUACAUCUGAUGAUGAAAAUAAUUCAGUUGUUGGUCGUGCUUAUCAUUUUGUUAAAAAUAUGUUUCAAUUGUCAGAUGAUUUUCUUAAUGAUAAUCAUACACAAAACAAUCAUAUAGUCGAUAUUAUAAACGAACAUCAACAAUAUCAUUCUCGUAAAUUACUUUCAAUUAAUGAUGAUAAUACAUCAAUAAUUGUGAAUAAUGAUAUAACUAAUAAUGAAUAUGAUUUUGAUUUAAAUGAUGAAAUACCUGAUGUAGCAAUUAAUAAUUUAUCAUUUAUUAUGACAAGUAUAUCAAAACGUCGAUUACUUUCUGUCAAAACAAAGAAACAUUCAAUAUCAUCAAAAGAUCAAAAUGACAAAGAGAAAAGAUCAGAAUCAUUAAAUGAAAUUAAUGCGAAUGAUAAACCGAAAGUUGGUUGGGCUUAUCGUUAUCGAAUUUCACGUUAUCUUGAUGCUCAAAAAUUGAAACAAAAUAAAAAUAAAAAAAAAAUUACAGGAGAAAAAAAAACUAAACAACAUUUUCAAAAACGACAAUCAAAUUCAAAACAAAAUCAGAAAAAAAUUGAUUCUUCACAUAAUAAAAAACUUUCAAAACGAAAACUUCUUAAACAUAAUAAUGAUGAUGAUACAAGUGGGAAUGAAGAUAAAAUAUCUAACCAAGAUACUGUCAAUACUGUAUCAAUUACCGAAACUUUUGUACCUAAACGUCGUUUAUUAAUGUCUAAACGAAAAAUUAAGCAUGAAGAAGAUAAUAAAGACGAUGAAGAAGAUAUCGAUAAAACACAAAAAUUUCGUCGAAUGAAAUCUUUUGAUGAAUCUACUGAUCCAAUCCUUAUCGUUCAGUCAUAUGAUCAUGGUUUAUAUAAACCUCGUGUCGGUUGGCAAUUUCGUUAUCGUGUUUCUCGUUAUAUUGAUUCAUUACGUGACAAUAUUCGUGAAGAUCAAGAACGUUUAAAAUUAGGUUUACAAGCUAUUAAACGUAAAACACCACAAGAAUUAAGUGGUAGACGUAAACGUGUUUCAGAUAAACCAGUUGUUCCUAAUGCGGAUGAAAUAAAAAAGAAAGAAGAACCAAAAACAAUUGUACAAGACGAUAAGCCUAAUGUUGGUUGGCGUUAUCGAUAUCGUAUAAAUAAAAUGACUGAAGCUAAAAAACGUGGAGAUUAUAUUGAUAAUGAACAAGAGAAACGAAAAGAACAUCUUGAACAAGAAAAGAAACAAUCAAGUCUAAAUAAAUCUCCAGAUGAUGAACAUAUUCAAGGAGAAAAUGAUCUUGAUCCUGAACUACGUCAAGUAAAUGCUAUAGGUCGUCGUGUUGGUUGGGCAUAUCGUUAUCGUAUCCGUCGCAAACUCGAUGAUUUAAAACGACAACAAGCCGAAACUGGAAUGAUCUUUGAUUUACCAACAUUAAGUUUUAAUAAAACUGAAGAAACAAUUGUUGAAUCAAAGCCGAAGUCAAAAGAAAAGAAGAAAACAAAAAAACCAACUGAAGACAAACCAAAAACACCAACUGGAGACAAACCAAAAAACAAAACAAAGUCUGUCGGUUCGCAAGAUCGAUCUCAUGUAUCAAAAAUGCAUGAAGCACAAAAACAUAAUAAAUCAAAAACAGCAAUAAAUAAAAGUCAAGAUCAAACAUCAACUCAGAAAGAGCUUGAUCCUGAAUUAGCACGACUUACAUCAGAAGAUCGAAGCGUCGGAUGGAAAUAUCGUUAUCGUGUCCAACGUAAACUUGAUGCAUUAAACGAAGCUGCUAAUCGUGAAGAUGAAAAACGUACUAAAAAGUUACCAUCAUCAUCAUCAAAAGGAAAAAAGAAAAAAAAUCUUAUGGAAAAAGUUGAAGAUUCGUCUGAAAAAUCUCUUAAUAUUGAUGAAACAUCAUUUACACAAUAUUUGUAUCAUGCAUCAUCCUAUGUUUUAAAUGGUCUUUUACCAACAACUAAAAAAUCUAUUUGUAUUUUACCAUUACCUAUGACAUUUUCAUUUUGUAGACAAGACAAUAAUGAACAAUCAGUAACAGAAACAGAAAAAACAAAACAAAUUCCAACUAAAAAAUUAAAAAUAAGAAAAGAAAAGCGUGCUAAACAGUUUAUACGUUCUCAUGUAACGAAAUUAGGUAAAGAUGAUAAAUAUACUGAACGACGUGUUGAUGAAGCUAUGAAAAAUUUAUAUAAAACACCAUCAUUACCACCUUCACAAACCCAAUCAUCAACUCGAAAACAUCGAAAAACUCAAAAAAACCAAUAUAAACAUGCAUCUAGACGACCAAAUCAAGAUGAACAAAAAAAACAUUUUAAGGAAGAACAUAUGACAACAAAGAAGAUUGGAGUUGAAUCAAAAAAGAAUAAUAAAAAACGAUCUCAACUUAUUGGUCAAGAAGUUAAAAUUAAACAUAAACUUUGUCCAUUCGCUGUUACAACACCACCUCCAGCUAAACAAAUUUCUCAACCAUCUUCGUCUUCUUCUCAACGUCCCCGAACUAUUUCUGAAGUUAUCCGUGACGAAGCGGCAACUCUAUUUGGAGGAAAAUCUAAAUCUUCGAAAACACCUGAAGAAAUCAAGGACGAAAUAAACGAAGCCAAUGAAAUUAUACGAGAACAUUCAAAGAUUGAAACAACAAAAACGUCGUUGCCGCCGCCAUCGGAUCCUAUCGAUAGUACAAUAUCUAGCAAAGAAGAUCAGUCAACAUUGAAUAAUAACAACAAAGCAACAAGUGAAGAAAAUACAAAAGAAAAUCUGCAUGAUAUGCUUAAUUUAGAAGAUCGUAAUGAUAGUUCUUAG